AUGUCGGAUUCCUCUAGCGUCGCCUUGAAGAAGGUGGUUCAGCAGCUCCAGCUGGAGGCUGGGCUCAACCACGUGAAGGUUUCCCAGGCAGUUGCAGACUUGAAACAGUUCUGUCUGCAGAAUGCUCAACAUGACCCUCUGCUAACUGGAGUGUCUUCCAGUACAAAUCUCUUCAGACCCCAGAAAGUCUGCUUCUUUUUGUAG